AAUGCAUAACUGGACGUGAAGGGGUUAAAGAGUUCAAGAUUGUCGAAGAUUAUGGUUCAGACGUCAGAGAGUAAAAAAGAAGACAGUCGGACAGAGAGACACACGUAAAAAAAUAAAUAAUAUGUAAAAAAAAGAGAUCUCCGUCCGGUAUUUUAAUGCGGCUAACGGAAUAGCAGGUGAAGACGGAUUAAUCGCAUGGAGCCCCGUCUCCGUAAUAUCUGCUUUUGAGCUAAAAAAAGCAGGCUGCGGAUCUUUUUUUUUUUAAUUUGCACAUUUAAUUUAUUUCCUUCGCCCUUUUUGUAUUUUCUUUUAAUUUGACAGAGCGGAAGAUGGCAGCAAACAUGUACAGGGUUGGAGACUAUGUUUACUUUGAAAACUCUUCCAGCAAUCCAUAUUCAGUCAGAAGAAUAGAAGAGUUAAACAAGACUGCCAAUGGAAAUGUUGAAGCAAAGGUUGUGUGCUUCUAUAGAAGAAGAGAUAUUCCUAGCAAUCUUAUUGCUCUGGCAGAUAAACAUUCAAAGGAGCUGGAAGAGGAGAUGGAAGGAGAAAACUUGCAGCAGCUGACAGAGAAACAGCGACAUCAACUCAAACACAGGGAGCUUUUUCUGUCCAGGCAACUUGAAUCUCUGCCUGCCACACAUAUCCGGGGAAAGUGCUGUGUCACGCUGUUAAAUGAAACAGAAGCUCUGUUUUCCUACCUGGAGAAGGAAGAUUGCUUUUUUUACUGUCUGGUUUACGACCCUCAACAGAAGACACUUCUGGCAGACAAGGGGGAAAUCAGAGUUGGACCUCGGUUCCAAGCUGACAUAACAGAUUUACUAAAUGAAGGUGAGAGUGAUGACAGAAAUCAGGAAGAACUUGAAACAAAGAUUUGGGAACCAGAAAGCCCAUUAUCUGACAAGCAAAUUGAUCAAUUUCUAGUCAUUGCUCGCUCUGUUGGCACUUUUGCUCGAGCACUGGACUGUAGCAGCUCCAUCAGGCAGCCCAGUUUACACAUGAGUGCUGCUGCAGCAUCUAGAGAUAUAACACUGUUUCAUGCCAUGGACACAUUGCACAAGAGCAAUUAUGAUAUGUCAUGUGCCAUCACAGCUCUAGUCCCCCAAGGAGGCCCAGUGCUUUGUCGGGAUGAAAUGGAAGAGUGGUCAGCUUCUGAAGCAAAUCUGUUUGAGGAGGCACUGGAGAAAUAUGGCAAGGACUUUUCUGACAUCCGACAAGAUUUUCUUCCUUGGAAAUCAUUAACCAGCAUCAUAGAGUACUAUUACAUGUGGAAAACAACAGAUAGAUACGUACAGCAGAAACGUUUAAAAGCUGCAGAAGCAGAAAGCAGACUGAAACAGGUUUACAUCCCCAACUACAACAAGCCCAACCCAAACCAGAUCAACAUGAACAACAGCAAGACAAAUUUAAUGAAUGGGUCUGGACAGCCUGGUCAGAGCAAUAGUGCAGGUCGUGCCUGUGAGAGCUGUUACUCAACACAAUGCUUCCAGUGGUAUUCUUGGGGUCCUCCCACCAUGCAGUGUCGAUUGUGUGCAACAUGCUGGAAUUACUGGAAGAAAUAUGGUGGACUAAAGAUGCCUACCAGACUUGAAGGAGAAAGACCAGGUCCUAACAGAAACAACAUGGCACCACUUGGUUACUGGAUUAAGAACGCCAACCCUAAGUACACACUGAAGACCAAACAGGCCUUCUAUCUUCAUGCCUCCAAACUGACCAAAAUGGCACGGCAACUUUGUCAAGCUCUUCUACAGCCUCGAAGAGCAGCACGCAGACCUUUCAUGCCAGUAAACAGUGCUGCCAUAAAAGCUGAGUGCACAGCUCGACUACCUGAUAAAGCCAAACAGACUGUGAAAAUGAUACCGAUGUUCAGGAAGCCUUUGGAGUCUAUAGUCAAGUACCUGGAGCUCCACCCAUAUGUUAAGCCUAAAACAGUUAAAUCUGCUUUGGCUUCCCACUCAGUCAGUGGCAGCUUUGUCAAAGUUGCUCCAGUAAUCAACCAUGGCUCUACAACUAUUUUGGGUAAACGAAGCUAUGAACAACACAAUGGGGUUGAAGGUAACUUGAAGAAACGGUUGUUAAUGACUUCUCGAGGUCUACAAAACCACAGCCAAGUAAGGCAAAUGGCUAGUCUUAACAAGACCUACCUGCUGAAUGGCAAGCCCUUUGAUAGGAAUCAGAGGGUUCUUAAACACGGCUCACUGCCUCCAGUUAAAGGCCGCCGAAUGAACUGGAUUGAUGCUCCAGACGAUGUCUUCUUUAUGGCGACGGGUGAUACAAGGAGAGUCCGUAAAAUGCUCACAUCCUUUGAUAUCAAGAGAGCAGCACGACAGCCAUACAAACAGAUCUCUGUUAAGCACAUAAAAUCUGACAUGGAUGUACCACAACAACUUCGACACCCAGUCAAUGAGGAGCCCAUCGUUAUUGAGGAUUAAUCUGAGGAUCUUUCUGAAGAAUCACAACACACAUUGCAUAACCCCUUUUACCUUUUUUUUUGCACACAUUGUCUAUUGUCCUGUUAACUACACAUUGUCUAUUGUCCUGUCAACUGUCAAAAGGGUUAAUGUCAUCACCUACAUAAUUACAAAACUUAAUGUGCAUGGCACAAUUUAUACCUUUUUUUUCUUUUUCUUAAUUUUGUUGGAGAAUCCUCUCAUGACAAAACAUAUCAGGAAGCAGUGUUAAUUUUUCAGUUCUGCAUCGGAGCAUCACUCACAAUGAAUCCUCAGCCCUUAUUCAAACUGUUGUCUGGUUCAGGAAUGAAAAUAUCAAUUGAAGAAUAUGUAUAUAUAAAGAAGCUAAAAAGGAAGACUGAAAAAGCCUGUUCUUAAUACACAAUGAAAUGGAUGGAUACUUUUAAGACAGUGAUUGUGAACUAAUUUUACAUGGACAGUUAUGGACUCUUUAUGGUCCCACUUGUAAUAUGGACUUUACAUUUUUUGGUCCCUUUUUGAGCAAAGAAUAGUUUUAAUGCCCACCAGACCAACACAAUCCUGGAAAGACACCUGGUAUCUUUUCACCCUGAGCAGCUAAGUAUGCAACCCACUUAAAGAUAUGAAAAGCCCAAAUUUCCUCAUCAUAACACCCAUAAUCUUGUCUGGAGUGGAGUUUCUUUAAAGGCUAGUCAGCUGCACAGCUAACAACUGUGAUGUAAUUAUGGAUGCUGCAAUGAAUAUAAUUUUUGUUUAUGUGAGAAGUUUAAUCAGGCAUCCCUGUGUAUAGCAUUAAAGUGCAUAUGCUUGUUAUGGAGGAGCAAAUUUUUUUCACAUUUGGUAUGUUCGUUAUAAAGUGCAGUGGAUGUUUAUUAAAUGUGCAUGUCAGUUUUCCUGUUACAUAUAAUUUGAAUAUGCUGGAUGUAAGAGUUGGGAGGCUCUCAAAGUGUGUAGGCUGAUCUUUCCAACUCAUGGUGCAUUCUAAUUUGCCACUUAGACUUCUUAUCUGCCAAUAAGGUAUGUUUUGGGGAAAGAGAAAGAGGAAGUCUUAGCCCAAUUAUGUUGUUUUGUACACAUACAUGCUCAAAAGAAUCUGGAUUUUCAAUUUCCAGUGAAUUAAUAGAGUGUAUAAACCACCUACUAUAUACUAUUAUCUUCUUUGAGUAUUAUGUGAAGUGUACUUUAUUUACAUACUGUAUUUAAUGCCUUACACAGUUUCUUUUCUCUUUUUCGUUGGUUUCUUUGUUGUGAUUUUUAACCUCCCCAUUCAUCUAUAUUGGAUUAAUUGAUUAAGGUUACAGCAUUCUUUAUAUUGUUGAUUCUCUACAUAUAGUUGUGCCAUUCCCCAAAGCGGACACCAAGCUGUCAGAGCUGAGUCUACAUUACCUUUAUUUUUAUAGUUCCAUCAUUGUGAGCAUUUUCUGAAAUUAUUUUGCUGUUUCUGAUUCUUAGCAAUCCAUGCAUAGUAGGAGGGACUAAACUGGGAAACCUGAAGGUUUUUGUCUAAGCUACAAUUGAAACAAACUACAGUACUUUGACUUAAUCAGAUGUUAAGUUGCAGGUGAUUAUUCUAAUUAUGAUCAUGCAUCUAUUAGUAACUGAGAGCAUUAAAUGUGUAGCCAAAACUAAUGGAACCAAACAACACCUUUUAUACUUAGUGCUAUUGCAGACAAUCGUAUGCUUUACUUUUUGGAAAUUCCUCCUGUAGUGACACUGACUCUAAAAAUGAUCUGUCAUGUAAUAAUUAUUACUGUCAUACCUAUUCCAGUUAAAUUAGUUUUUGCUUAAUGAAAAAUUAUAAAAUUAUAUUUAAAGAUAGCUUUCUCUGGGCCUAUACAUCCUUGUUUUUUUUAUUCAUUUUCAAGGGUUGAUAGGGCAGGGGCAGGAACCAGCCCCAGACAGGAUACCAUUUUUUGGCAAAGCAAACACACACAGUAAGUGAAUGUUAAAAAAAUAUCAAUUCAGCUAACAUGGAAAUGAUUUGCAUGUGGGAAGAACCUAGUGGAAAAGAGUGGCCAGCAACUGAACAGAUAUCAGGCAGCAUUUCUAGAUGUUACCUUGCUCAUUUUUAUAAAUGCUGUUCAAUGUUGUUUUUUUUUUAACGAAGAAUGUAGACAUAUAUUUUUUCAGUAAAUUCAAUCAUAUUGUCUCAUUGUGUUACAUAUAUUUAUAGGUUUCUGGUAUUCCCUACAUUUUAAAUAUGUGCUUUGAUUUGCCCUUGGUGAUUAGUUCUGCAGCAUCAUAACUCUAAACAGCUGAAUUCAAUUGCAUUCCAAUUCUACAUUUAAGUAUAAUUUCCCCUUCCUAUGUCCCUGUUUUUCUCUGGGGGUGCACUUCUCAAAGAUGCCCAUGCUAACUUAAUUGGUUUUAUUAAAAUUGUCUCAGUAUGGGUGUGUGUGUGUGGCUGUGCCUUGGCAUUCCAUCCAGAGUUUGUUCUUGCCUUGUAUUUCAUUAUGUUGGGUAGACUUGGGCACCCUGCAAUCUUGUA